GGCAUCGUCUCCAACAUCAACCGCGUCAAGCAGCUGGCCGAGGCCCUGAAGGCGAACCGCUCCGUCCAGUCCCUCUUCCUCCAUGGGAGUCCCCUGACAGAUGCAGGCUUGGCCCUCCUCAACCCUGCUCUUUCCAUCCACCCCUCACUGGUGGCUCUGGACCUAGGAGACUGCAUGCUGGGUGAUGAAGGCAUCAACCUUAUCUGUGGGCUCCUGCCACCUGACGGGGCCAAGUCCGGCCUCAAAGAGCUAACGCUGAGUGCCAACCCAGGCGUCACAAGCAAAGGCUGGGGACGCCUGGCCAUUGCAGUGGCUCACAGCUCACAGCUCCGUGUGCUGAACCUGGACUACAAUCCCCUGGGUGACCAGGUGGCAGGGAUGCUCGCCGUCGCUGUGGCCUCCAGUCGAACCCUCGAAGUUCUGGACUUGGAGGGAACAGGACUUACCAAUCAGUCAGCCCAGACCUUGCUGGACAUGGUAGAGAAUUACCCCACAGCCCUGCGGACACUCAUCCUGGCAGAGAAUAACAUUAGUCCUGAGCUGCAGCAGCAAAUCUCUGACCUGCUUUCAGAGGGUGAGGAAGAGGAGGAGACGGAGGCUCGUGAAGUCACAGCCAGGGAGAAGAACCCCUGGAUCUGCCAGACAAAUUCCAGCUCCCAGAUGGUCCUGAUGACGUCAGGGCUUGGUGACGGCCUCUUAGCAGAAACAGAGAUGUAGCUGGGCUACCCCGCCUGCUUCUGUGGAGAAGAGCACCGUGCCCGGCCAGCCCCCCAGCCGUCUUCACACACAUUUCGCGUCCCGUCGCAGCC